AUGUCGGCGAAAAGGAAAGGAAAGAAAAUCAGAGGGAUAUUUGGGAGAGAAGGACUAGUUAGAUAUGCAAGAAAUUUAGGAUAUUCUUUGUACUAUGGUACCUACAAAAAGGAUUCACAUGGAGAUACCAAAAGGCUCAAAUUGAAGACUAGGGAAGCAUUAAGUUUACCUCAGGGAGAACGUGUUGUGGUGGAGUUUGAUUGCUUGGAUCCGAUUGGCGAAGCACAAGGUCUUCUUGCAGGCGUAUGUAGCAUUUUAGCAACUGACUGUACCAUAUUUCCAAUUGGCUUUGAUAAAUGGCCGGAUAUGCCUAAGUCAUACAUUAACGAUUGCUUUAAUAACAUUAUAAAGCCUCAUUUCUGUUUUAUGACCAUUGAGGAAGAUGCACAAGGAUAUGUUUAUCGCUUUAUUUCAAAGAAGUGGGCUGCAAGUAGGCAGAAGUUGUGGGAUGAGUUUAAAGACCCACUUAAAACCAAAGAUGAGAUUAUGGAUAAUGUUCCGGUAGGUAUUACUCGGGAUCAAUGGACUUCCUUUGUGAACUACCAUUAUAAAGAAGAAACUCAGAACAUGUGUAAAAGAAAUGCUGAAAAUCGGAAGAAACAAACAGUUCCACACACCGGUGGCUCCAAACCUAAUUCUAGAAGAAGGGCUGAAAUGAUGGCUGAGACAGGGAGUAAGCCUGGACGAGCACAACUUAUAAGCUACACAUACGAAACAAGAUGGAUCCUAAAAGAGUACCAGAUAAUGUUGUUUUCAGAAUUUUGCAACAGUUAUUUUCAUCUCAAUACACCAUUCUCCCAACUCAUGAUGUUUGAUUCCAGGCAUGCGUCUAACAGAUUCGCAAGUGAUGUUGUUAUCUUUGAUAUACUUGAAAAAGUUGCGCUAGCAACGAGUGAAAGUAUAGUGGAUGAGUCUGAAAUUUCUCCAAAUGAUGUUGUUGGUAAGGUGCUAGGCAAAGAACAUCCUGGAAGGGUGAGAUGUUUGGGAUUAGGAGCUACUCCAAGCAAUACUUUCAGAGAGACAAAUCUUCGUCCUGGUAAUAUUAGAAUUGUGAGUAAUGUUGGAUGUUCUUCUUCUGGAUGCCAAGAGAAGUACAAUCAAUUAAUGAAUACUCUCAAAGCAUACAUGAUAAUGAAGGAAGGGUCAACACCAGAACAAUUUGCUGGGAUCUUUGAUUCUACUCCUACAACGCCAAAUGAUGCAGCUAGUGGACCCAUUUCACCGACGGAUGCAAGAAGAUCUUCUGGCGCUAGUAAUCCCAGUGACCAUUGA